AUAACAUAGUGUAGAUGUUGAUUACCAACAGCAUGUUAGAGCUAUUAUGUUUAAGUUGUUGGGUGGCAGCUUAUUUCCCAACAUGACGGGAAAUAAGGUUAGUUUGUAUCUGUUGGAGCUAAUCAUGGAAGACUCUGUGCUGGUGCGGGGUCGUGCCAUUGGUGCUGCGGUUCUUAGUUUCUUGGACCAGCUAGAUAGGUUGCUCGAGGGAGAGUUUGUUUGGAUGUCGUAUCCGAAUCUCGAUACCCUACCACGCUUUUGUUCUGCCGGACUCCGAAUAUGGAUAUCACGCAUCCCUUUGAUCUAUGGCUAUGUCGUGGAGAUGUACUAUCCGGAUCAGUUUUACAGACAGUUUGGUGCCCUCCAACGUGUUCCUCUCGAUGUUGUGUAUGAUCCACACCUACAUAACAUUAAGUCGAACACUAUGGAGCUCGCUGACAAUGAGAGACAUUAUUUAGAUGUAUGGGAGGGACGUUAUGCUGCAAAUGUACUGAUGGAAUUUGGGAUGCCGGAUGCCACACAUGAGUAUCGUCAUUGCUAUCUUGUAUGGCAGACCAUCAGCGCCUUGAUCCAGGUAGGCACCCGGAUGGUUUUGUACCUUCUCACGAGACAUCAAUCAGGGGUUUAUGUUGGUUCACGACCUCUCCUAAUCAACGACAAACCAACAUGGCGGCAUUUUAUACGAAAAGCAUCACGUGAAUACGAUGCAAUUAAAGUAUUCAUCAUGGUGUCUAAAAAUGUUGAGGAGGAAGUUGAUGAGGAAGAGGAUGUUAAUCCAUUCUUUCAGCAACCAAUGGGUCACCCCUCUUCAUCUCAUUACGCUCAACACGUUGAUAGCGAUCCAGAUGAUGCUGAGUACGUUUCACCAUUAACGGAAGAUGAAGAAUCAUCAGAAGAGGACGAGGAUAUAUCUUCAGAUGAAGGAGACGAUGGCGACAACGCUCGUGCAAUGCCACAUUUAGAAGACAUCCAGCGACGCGAAACGCAUAGAUCUUUGCAACCGACGUUCCACGUACAAAUUAUUGAGGUUGGUAAUACGUAUCCUUCUUUUCAAAGUUUACAAGAAGCCGUGUCCUUACGCAACAUUGCAGAGCAUAGACACUUUCGCACAGUUGCGAAAUGGAGUCGUUAUUGGAGAGCUAGUUGUGUAUGCACCCCCCAAUGCACUUGGUUCAUCCAAGCCGCAGAGAAUGCAGGGACAACUAUGUGGACCAUAAAGAAAUACCAGUGGUACCACCAGUGUAGACCAGAUCACACACGAGCCAAGGAUGACAAAUUGUUAACAAGUGAACUCAUAAGUACCCUGAUAGAUCCAAAAAUUCAAGAAGAUGCUAACUAUAAAAUCAAACUCAUUAUCAGGGAUGUUUAUGAGUUGUUCCAGGUCUCCGUGUCUUACAAGAAGGCAUGGUAUGUAUUCUGGUCCUUCAAGGCAUCCAUGGAUGGAUUUCACUAUUGUCUUCCAGUUAUUCCAGUAGAUAGAACUCACUUAUACGACAAGUAUAAGGGAUGUUUAUUACUUGCCAUAGCAACGACGGGAAAUGGUGAAAUUUUCCCCCUAGCUUUUUCCAUUGUGGAUGCUGAAGAUGGUGCAAGUUGGAAAUGGUUCAUGACGAAUGUCAUGCGUCAUGUCGUACCCCCACAUCGCCGUGUAUGCAUAAUAUCUGAUAGACACGGUGGGAUUGACCAUGCAUUUGAAAAUGUUCCAGAGUUGGGUGGAGGUCAAGUGACUCGAACAUAUUGUCUCCGCCACCUACGAAGCAAUUUCUGGAAGAAAUUCCAAAGUAAGAAGUUGUGGACCUUGAUGUAUAGAGCUGAUGAGGCUCUGAACAGAAGUGAGUUUGACCUGUUGAUCCUCCGAAUAGCAUCCAAAAAUCAAGAAGCUUACAACUGGCUUAAUGCCAUUCCGAAACACAAGUGGGCUUUGUCACAUGAUGAAGGUGGAGCACGUUAUGGUAUAAUGACUACAAAUUCGUCAGAAAGUUUCAAUAAUGUCCUUGAGGGAUCUCGUUGUUUGCCCGUAUAUGCCAUUGUGAAGUUCACCUAUGAUAAGUUGGUCAAACUUUUCGCUGAGAGGCGAACAAAUGGAUAUGUAUGGCAGCAAUCCGGGUGCAAUUUUCCUAUGAACGUGUGAAAACGUAUUAGGAAAAAUGAAGAAAUAUAGGCUCUAUUG